CAUCUACUCCUGUGAAUGCAACAAUCUCCAUAUUUGUGGAUGGGAAAGAAUUUUCUGCAUUGGUAGAUACUCUUCAGGAUAUCUGGGGAAGAGAGGAAUACAAGGACCCCCAGGAGGACCUGGACAGUGAGGACCAACGGGAGAAGAGUAAUCAGACAGCAGAUGACCCUCCUGCUCUGCGACUGCGGCUGCCUCCCGGCUGCUGGCUGUACGGUCUGGUUCCUCUCUGCCUGCCUGCGCUGAGCGCUGCCCUCCCGCGCCAACCGCCCCCGGGUUCGGCUCUUCAUGCUGCCAACAUGUGGAGCUCACCGGGGCCCGUCUCGGCGUUUGUGAUGCUGGUUGUUACCACCGUGCACGCGGGAGUGAAGGUGACCCCAGCUGUGAAGUACACGAAGACGAAGCCCUUACAGCUGGCGGGCGAUGGUGCCUCUCACACCCCCCUCGCCGGGAAAAGCCCGCUCCCAGCAGCACCGAGCAGAGCCGAGUUACCCACCCUGAGCCCCGCGGCCCGAGGGGCCACAUUUGAAACCUACACGCUUGACACAGCCGAUUUCUUCUUCAACUGCUGUGACUGCUGCCCGCCUGCCACGGGGCCCUGGGGGCAGCCAGGGGAGCAGGGACCCCCAGGUGCCAAGGGGGAGAAGGGAGAUGCUGGUCUGCAAGGUCUGCCGGGAACCCCAGGUCCUCAAGGUCCAAAAGGUUCUAAAGGAGAAAGAGGAGGCAAAGGGGAGCAAGGCGAGCGAGGAGUAAGUGGAAACCCCGGUUAUCCAGGCAAACCUGGGCUGCAAGGUGAAGCUGGAGUAAAAGGCAAUAAGGGCAACUACGGCUUCCCUGGACUGAAGGGACAAAAGGGGUCCAAAGGGGACACUUGUGAGAACGGGACCAAAGGAGACAAGGGAGAUAGAGGGGAUGCUGGAGAGCCGGGAGUGGAUGGAGAACAGGGUGACAAAGGGGAAAAGGGAGACACGGGGGAGAAGGGGUACUGUGGGGAGCCAGGGGGGAGAGGAGCAAAGGGGGAGAGAGGGGAAGGGGGCACAAAGGGGGAGAAAGGCAGCAAAGGGGAGAUGGGGGCUGAGGGUGUUCAGGGGGCGGAUGGAAAACAAGGAGAAAAGGGCGAGCAAGGAAGUAAGGGUGAAAAAGGGGACCUGGGACCCGCUGGCGUGAUGGGACCUUCUGGGCCCAAGGGGGUCGCUGGCAGCAAGGGGGGCCGAGGGGCCCCGGGAAAGAAAGGCUCCCGUGGGGCAAAGGGCGCCCGAGGGGACACCGCAAAGCUCCUGCGAUCGGCGUUCAGCGCCGGCUUGUCCAAGCCCUUCCCUCCGCCCAACGUCCCCAUUAGAUUUGACAAGAUCUUGUACAAUGACCAAGAAGAUUACAACCCUUCCACCGGGAAAUUCAACUGCAGCGUGCCCGGGGCGUACGUCUUUGCCUACCACCUGACAGUGAGAGGGCGUCCAGCCCGCGUCAGCCUCGUCGCCCGCAGCAGGAAGGUGGCCAAAGCCCGUGAGACGCUCUACGGCCAGGAGAUCGACCAGGCAUCCUUCCUGACCGUCCUGAAGCUGAGUGCAGGCGACCAGGUGUGGCUGGAGGUUGCGCGGGACUGGAACGGGGUCUAUGUCAGCGCUGAGGACGACAGCAUCUUUACGGGGUUUCUUCUGUAUCCAGAUGUUUUUGAGAUCCUGCUAUAG